GAGGCCGCCAGCUGGCGUCGGUCCGGGGGGGAUGCGGAAAAUAUUGUCGAAACCGGGAAUCGCCAAUCUUUCAAUCGGCCGGCUGCUCCAGAUUCUCAGGUGCUGUGAGUACGGAUCCCCGGCGCGAUCUCACUCAUUGACAAGGCGCAUUCCCUCCCGUCCUUCGUAUACCCACCAGAUCCGGCACAAUGGCCUCCGUAGCGAAAACGGGUGCUGAGGCACUGAGGAAUGCCCCCUUUAGGGUGGGCAAGAAGCAGAUCUUCCUGCCAAACCACGUCAUCACGUUCGUCCGCCCGCUGCCCAAGCAGCCGCCUAACCUCGCGACCUUCAUCGUCCCCCUCGAGUUCAACAAGCUCGACCUGCGCGACUACCUCUACCAUGUCUACAACGUCGAGGUGACGGGUGUCCGCUCCUUCGUCAACCAGCGCAUGCACGAGCAGAGACACGGCGAUGUCGGCAACUGGCGCCGCCCCAAGUCGCAAAAGAUGAUGAUCGCCGAGCUGGCCAAGCCGUUCGUCUGGCCCAAGCCGCCCGCUGAGGAUGCCCGCGAAGCAUUCGACUACGCCAUGUGGAAGAAGCAGAAGACGGCGCAGGAGCAAGAUACUAAAUUCCAGGGCAUCAGGGCCCAGGGUGAGGUCGUACCGCCGUCGCAGUUCGAGGUGACCAAGGACCGCAAGGCUAUCAAGGCACGGCAGAGCAAGUUCCUCUCGGGUGAGGAGACAUGGGCGCCCGGAAAGGUCAACGCAUUUCUGAAUUCGAAGAUUGUGCCGGAGGAGGAGGGAUGGUCCGAAGUAGAAGAGAACCUGCCUUUGGAUGAGUCGGCGGAGUCUGCCGCGGAGGAGAGCAGCAGCAAAGGUUCGGAGACUAGGCAAUGAAUAUGAGGGCCAGCCUUCUUGACUGUGUUGCAGCUAUCGCAUUGGGUUCUGGGCUGAGUAGGGAAUGGGUGGGACGAAGGGAAGUGACAGAGCGGGGAAAAUUUAAUCGUUCAUACAAAAAGAAACGAUAAUCUUGGAGCGGAUAGAACUGGCUUGGCGGGAAUCUGAUUGUAUGAUAUAUGACGCACCUGUUGGACGGGACAUUUGCGAUUUUACCGUGUAACAUGUAGGAUACGAUAUAGAAGUAGACCGGGAGCAGCACUAGAAGGCGUUCCGGUUGUCUAUACUGCUUGCCUCAUCGUUCUUUUAAUGGAACGGGCAGCCCUUCUUCUUUUUCUUCUUCUUUUUCCGCAACGAGUUCUACCCAACGACUACGGUGCUGAAAUAGCAGACACUGGUCGCCCCAGCUCCACCACCCUGCCGUCAGGUUCCGGGCAAAAACCUCCAAAGCUUGAUAAUCGGGCGGCAGAAGGUCGGCGAACAAACCUCGUAAAUUGGGUUUCCUGGAAUGGAGGUCCGGCACUGUUACGAUGACCUUGGUCUCUAUAGGGCUUCGUUUCUUGACACCCGGACCGGUUCCACGUUUCCUCGCGAGCAGAAGUCGUUCCCACGGUUUCCUCCAGGCGCAAUCAAGACUCACAAUGGGCUCUCCGCCGGUGGUCACCUUCAGCCAUAUCCACUCGCCGAUCAGUUCGACUUGCCACUCAUCGAAGAUACCCUUUGGGCAUGUGAGAAGCUCGGCGGCUCGCGCCGAGUUCGUAACCCAUACAGCUACGAGACCGUCCUCGGAUAAGUGCGAUGCGACAGGAAUCUGGGAAAGAAGGUCCCUUAUAGAGUCCGCGUCACGCGCCGGUUGGUAGAUGCCCCUUUUCCUCUUUGCGGAUCGGUUAGGCCAGGGCGGAUCCAUGAGGAUCAGAUCAAAUUUCUUGGGCGCCGUCGCGAGAAACUGAGAUCUCCGAGACUCCACCGUGCCAAGCAGGUAAUGAGAUGCCUUUGGAAUGGUGUAAUGGGAGAGGUCUGGCGGCGCCUCACCAGAGGCAUCGUCAAAGCUUUUGGCAUUGUCUGAGACGUUAAAAACCUCUCCGUCAGGACCCCGCUUCCCGUUCCGGUUGACUGCCGUCGUUAGGCGAUUUAUCCUUGGCAGACAUUGACGCGGUAAACACCAUUCUCCGUGAUAGGAAUGCUGAAUGUCUUCCAAGGCCGACUCGGCAGCGGAACGGGCCAUCAGUUUCGCUAUGUGAUCGGAAGCAGAUGGAGCAGCGCUGGCCGGGGAUGAUUGCGAUUUCGACUUGGGCUCCGGAGUCGGAAACGGGGAGGACGGAGGUUCUGCCGAAAUCAGGGUCCGUAGCUUCAGCGGAGUAAGCGCGCCAUCAUCAAGCUCUCUUGGGAGAAGCUGAGCUUCCUCGAUUGAACGAGGCAGAUCCAGCAGGAACACUGUUCGAUUAUCGUUGUGAUAUAGAACAGAUGAGUGAACCAUAGUCACUGAACUGAUCCAGCCUAGAUGGAAUAGAGAUCUGAUCAAACCGGUUGUGCCCGGGCUGGGGGUGAAGGGACCCCAGUUUGUCACUGCACCCCGCAAAAACAGAAGC